GGAGUCCAGAGGAAUAAUGAAGUCUCUCCGAUUCCUUAGUGCUGAAGCAUUUGUGACAAAUGCAGAGUUUGCCAGGAAGAGCCUCAGCAGUGUUACCCAUAACCUUUUUCCUCUUCUUUUUAAAGCCAGUUAUUUACUGGAGCAAAAGGAGGUAAUUCAUGACUUGGUAGAGAACUGGCCGCUUGCUGACUUUAACAUGGGAAAACUUUUGGGAAGUACUGUGGACUACCAGGAAGACCUGAGCCACAGAACAUGCUCAGUGUGCUUGGAAAGCUGUCUGACAGGACUGAGAGACUAUGUGCUCAACCGUUCUUCUCUCUACAUGAAAAGGCUGAAAGUGGUUGACCUGACAGGUAUAAAAGAUGUUGAAGUACAGUUUUGUGAGUGUAAGAAGGCAAUGGGCAGGUGGACCAGGACACAACUGCUCUGCAAGCUUUGUUUAGAACUGCUGGUUUACCUGCAACAGAGCAAUACAGGUACCUUUGAAAUCAGUAUUGAUGUGCUCAUUGAUUUGUAUGUUACUGAGUGGAACUAUGAGCUGGUAGUGCAGGCCCUGCUGAAGAAAUGCUAUUGUCCAUUGAAGAUCUGCUGUGUGGCAUUCAGAUCUGACAACCUGGCUUUGCAGAAAUUCUUCUACGUUACAAAGCUCAUUGAUCCCUCUUUGUUGCGCAAACUGGAAAUGGUUCACAAUGUUCGCUUGGAAAUGGAACACUUGGAAAUACUCUUCAAAAGUAUCCACUUCCCUCUGUUGAUGUCCUUGACCUUGCCAGCACGAACAUUUAACGUGCAGAGGUUCACAGAUAAAGAUGAACAGAUGCUUACCAACAUUGGAGAAAAGAUGGGUGAAAUGAUGCAACUGACCGAGCUGAGUAUAUCAUUUUCUAUACUCACAGGAAGACUACAGAAACUGCUCAGCCCUCUAAAAACUCCACUGAAGAUGCUGGAUGUUUCUAACUGCUCACUCAACCAUGCUGAUAUGACCUAUUUAGCCAAUAGUUUCCAUGCUAAUCACUUAGAAACCCUGGACCUGAGUGGUCACAAUAUACCUGACUUUUACUUGUCAAUAUUCUUUAAACUUCUGAGUCAUUCCUCUUCAGUGCUCAGGAGUCUUACUGUGGAGGACUGUAACAUCCAAGACACUCAUGUAAACAUGUUGAUUUUAGGUUUAAGUCAUUGUCAGAAACUACAGGAGUUCAAGUUUUUUGGAAAUCCACUGUCAUCCCAGGCACUUAAACACCUUUUCACAUUUCUCUGUGAGUUACCCAUGCUGAAAAAUGUGGAGUUUCCAGUUCCAAGGGACUGCUACCCUGUUGGCAUCACGUACCCAGUGGAUGAUGCCAGUAUCUGCAAAUUUGAUCACCAAAAAUAUGAAAAUGUAGCAAAGGAGCUUAACCUCAUUUUACUCAAAGCAAAUAGGGAGGAUGUGAAGGCUUCAACUCCUCUCUUUGGCAGUUAUGAUGCAGCUGUUCAGGAGACAAACAAUGAACUGGGAACUUACUUGGUCAAGUCCUUCAAAGAGACUUUAGAAAAGCUCACUGCAUCUCUUAGCAAAAUGAGUUAGACUUGUAGCAGUGGUGAUGAGAUGCUUUGUCAAAUCAGGAGUUAAUUUAGUCUUUUCUGCACCUCCAUUGAUCAGUCUGGAGUUUUCCUUAAUUUCUCAUCUGAAUUUACUUCUGUUUGAAUAGCCUCUGGUCAUCUGAACUAUUUAACUAUUCUAUAUCUAUUGCAAACCACUCAUAUAAGCACUGCUUGCUCUCAAAAGAGAAGACCUUUUAUAGCUUAUUAUUUUACAAAAAAGCACUUUGUUUCUCAUUAAAACAACUGGUGUCUAAGCUUCACUGAUUUCUUACAGUUUCUUCUGGAUUUGGCAGUGAGGCUGCAGGGAAGCCUUUUCCCAAGUCCAGCAAGAUGUCCCAAAGAUUAUGCACCAGUCCUCACCUAAAUGAAUUUUUGCUGUUGCCCUUUGUCUUCUGAAUUUAUCUGGCACAUUGCUGGCUCAUAGUCAUCCUUCCAUCCAGCAGCACCCCCAGGACCCUUUCACCUGUGCUUCUCUCCAACAGCUCAGUCCCCAACCUGUACUGGUACCUGGGGUUGUUCUUUCCCAGAUGUAAGACUCUACA